CACACAGUACAGAACAGAACAGAACAAAACAAAGCAAGUCUUCUUUUAGUUUUCAUUGUUAGCUGUUGAACUCGAUUCUCCAGCAAAUCUCUUCUAAUAUGGCGUACACCUUUAGAUCUAAACCUGUUCUUGCGAUUCUUUUCAUGCACUUUGGCCUUUCUCUUAUGUCUUCCGCCCUUGCACUCUCUCCUCGGUACGAGCUGUCUGGUGAUGGCUACACUAUCAGUGGUAGGGUGAAGAUCCCAGGUAUGGGCAUAAAAGCAUUUGGUUCACCUGGUGGAAAAAUAUCAAAUGCCAAGGUUAUACUCAAUGGUGGCCAAAGUGUAACAUUUCUGAGGCCUGAUGGAUACUUCUCAUUCCAUAACAUGUCAGCAGGGACUCAUUUAAUUGAAGUGGCUGCAAUUGGCUAUUUCUUUUCCCCGGUUCGAGUUGAUGUUAGUGCCAGAAACCCUGGCAAGGUUCAGGCAGCAUUGACAGAAAACAGGCGGGGCCUGAAUGAAUUGGUUUUAGAGCCAUUGCAAGAGGAGCAAUAUUAUGAGAUUAGGGAACCAUUUUCCAUAAUGUCUGUUGUGAAAAGCCCAAUGGGUCUUAUGGUGGGAUUUAUGCUGGUGGUUGUGUUUUUAAUGCCCAAAUUAAUGGAGAAUAUGGACCCCGAAGAGAUGAGACGUGCACAAGAGGAAAUGAGGAGCCAAGGGGUUCCCUCUCUGGCAAACUUGUUACCAAGAAGCAGUUAGAUAUUUGACUGGAAUUGCCAAUCCUCCCUUCAGUAUGGGCUCUUCUGCUACUUUCUAAGGACGUAACUGGUCACUUAUUAGGCAUUAUUUGUUGUCUCUGUUGACUGCUGUAUGGAGUAAAAUGGUUCUAUAAACAAAUUAUCCAUUCUUUGCAGUCAGAAUUAUAUCUCAUGCUCUGGAUUGUGAAAAAGACAUGAUAUUGUGUUUAGCAUUUGUGGUAAAUGUGUAUGAAUCUCGAUAAGGAUGAUCCAUCAAGUUUUGUAUUUGCCAUUAUUGUUUUAUUCGAGGACCUGGUUGUUACCA